CAUCAUCACCUGGUUCAUACCAGAGUCCAUUGUCAAGAAACUGAGAGAAGACAUCCCUCACCACAUCCUCAAGAAGUAUACUGCCGUUAGCCUUCAAAUUGCAGGAGUCAAGGUUUAUCCACCUCCUCAGAAGUCAGCAGCAGUCUCGUCACCUGGUCCUGGACCUUCAGCUGGUGGUGCCGCUGCUUCUGUUGAGAAAUCACCUCCUCAACCCAAGACAAAAAAAGCCCGUCUCUCACCAGAAGAGGAUUACCCCUUCUUGAGAAGCCUCAGAGGAUUUCUUCUGUCCAGUGACGUUGGGUCUACUGCUCCAGCCUCACCUCACGUCAUGCUGUGGUAAACAUCUCUCAGAGGAGUCUGCCACCAGAAUACAGGGAGAGGGAGGACCAUGUCCACUCUGCAAGUCUCCUGACUGGAGUACCGUUCUGAACAAACACGUCCGUCGACAAGUGAAGGAGCUUCAUGUGUUCUGUCAUCACAAGGAGAAAGGCUGUUGGUGGAAAGGAGAGUUGUCUGACUUUACACAACAUGUCCAGUCUUGCCAGUUCAGAUAUCUACAAGCCUCUACCCAGGUUUGUACAACAGGAGGUGUAUAUAGCUACUUUCUCAACUAAACCUGUUUCUGUGUUCUUUUAUCCACACUUCUCUCUCUCUGUCUACCAUUGUGUCUCUCCCUCUCCCCAGGGAAGAACAGAGCUCCACGAUGCUGCUGAGAGAGGAGAUGUGGAGGCAGUUGAGAGACUCCUCUCCACUUCUGUCAAUAUCAACUCCAGGACUGAGGAUGUGAGGCUCUCUACUAGUGAAUGUGUAGUCUCAUUUCUGACUCAGUUCAUUGACUGCUGCUCCACUGGUCUCUGUAUCCCCACCACUUGCAGGAAGGAGACACUGCUCUACUGUUAGCCUCUCACAGAGGUCAUGUUGAGGUUGUACGUCUGUUGCUCAAGGCUGGGGCUGCAGUCUUCAUUCCUGACAAGAAUGGUCUCAGUCCACUCUAUGUUGCCAGUCAAGAGGGACACACUGAGGUGGUGGAUGUCCUGGUGAAAGCAGGAGCUGAUGUCAAUCAGGA